CUGUGAUUAUCGCCUAUUAACUGCGACGACUAAAUAUCCUAGCGCUAGUACUUUCAAGGCACGCGAACCAUGCGCGUCGCGAUGCAGCGGACGAACACAUGCAGCUGCAAUGCCAUGCAACAACGGCAAGCGCUUAGACAGGUUGCUUUGCCUUCUCUGCGGGCCUCUUCUGGUCGGCGUGUUGUGGUGGUGCGGGCCGGUCCGGCCGUGGAUGAUGAUGAAGAGCUGGAGAGGCGUCUUGCGAAGCUAAAGCAGGCUAAGGGCGAGACCCCAUAUGGCCAGACAUCGAAAGCUCCUGUGAAAGCACCAGAGGAAACUCCUAAGAAGAAGAAGGAGAAGGUGGUGUACGACUUUUCGGGCGAGACGGUGUACUACGAGGGACCGCCACACCGUGGCGAUCUGGCCAUCAAUGUGCUGCUGGGCACCACCUUGUUCUGGCUGCCCCUCACCAUCGCCGCCCUCGGCCGCGGGCUCUUCGUGAACUACAAGUUCACCGACAAGCGCAUCUCCGUUUCCACGAACGCACCUUGGAAAACUGAGCAGCUGGAUGCGGCGUACCAAGAGGUGAAGGAAGUCAGGAGCAUUCCCCGUGGCGUGGGUGUGUGGGGUGACAUGGUUGUGGUGCUCCGGGACGGCAGCAAGAUUGAGAUGCGCGCACUGGACAGGUUUCGAGAGCUGCAGUCGUACAUUCUAAAGCGCCGUGACGAGCUGGUUCCUCGUAGUGCC